CCUGGAGUACGCUUGUGGAAGCACACUGGACCAGGUCUGAAGCUGAGCAGAUUCUCUUGUCAUAGUCAAUCUAGGCCCUUGGGAGAUAUGGAACUCUUCAAGGAGCAGGAGGUCCCUGAGCUGGUGAAGUACUUUGUCACAUGCUGGAGAAAGACUUGUGGUCUCAGAAUGUCCUACAGCUUUGUGAAGACAGGAGGCAGUGGGGAAGCUUAUGACAUCAUUGCUGAAAAUGUUCUGGGAAAAGUGUUCUUUGCUGGGGAGGCAACCCACAGGCACUUCCCGCAGACUGUAGCAGGAGCCAUUCUGAGUGGGGUCCGGGAGGCCAGUAAAAUCGCUGCUUUGUAACUCCUUCCCAGACCUGUCUUGUCACCUACCUGCCUGAGGACAUUGGGGAUGAAUAGAUUUGAAGCAACUGGUCUUCAUUUCAAAACGGUCGUCUCCACUCUUGAGAGAAGUGUUUCACCUUGAGUACUGGACCUUGUGUUGAGCAGCAGUAGCCGAUGCUGUACGUGGAAUGGUUGUAGGUUUCAGUGGCAAAGUAUACAAUGAACACCUCACUGGUUCAAGAGCCAGCUAAUAUAUCAAAAUCUAUAAAAUUAGGGUUCACUGCACUGCUGGUAUAGUUGUUUCCAAAACGAAGAACUAGUGAAUUGAUGUCAUUGUUGUAACUGAGUAGUGUAUUAGUUAUUUUGUUAGGAAUGUGGUGGGUGGUGCAUCUUAUGGUAAUGGUUCUGUAAUGUAUAUGGGCACUUCACUGUCACAGAUAUUUGAGAUAAUGUUCAAAUCAAUACUUUUGUAGUAGCACUUUUCAUUUAUAAUGAGUAGAUGAACUUGGGACAGGACAGGUUUCAGAUGGGAUUGAUAAUGCUUUAAAAUACCAAAUAGGAAUAGUAUGAUGGACACUAAAGGGACAUAAUUCACUUCAGAAACUGUUGGGUUGGAGAAAUGU